AUGGAAGAACCAGUGAUCUACUACGGCUCCUGCCUCUGCGGAGGCAUCACGUACACCCUCACCGGCGAGCCGGAGCAGGUCGUGGCGUGCUAUUGCAGCCACUGCCAGAAGAAUGCGGGCAGCAAAUACCAGAUAUUCGCAAAGUAUCCGUCCUCUAGCAUAGAUAUCGAAGACCCUUCUGAUUCUAUGCGAUACUACACCAUCACCAAGGGCACGGAGAGCGGCCUCCCCAAGGAGAAACAUUUCUGCGGCAACUGCGGCUGCACGCUGUGGACGGUCCCUUGGAAGCACGGAGGCGACAUCAAGUUGGUGCGCACAAGUCUGAUUGAGAACGGUCUUGCUCACUUCAAGCCGAAGGCCGAAAUACACAAGGGCCAGUGGACAAGUGACGCUCUGUGA